AUGACGUCCGGUACUGUCUCUUCCCUCGUUCUCCUCCUCUUGAGCUGUACACAGGUGUUCGCUCAAACAGGACAAACGCAACAAGUGUCUUACAACCAAGUUCUUAAUCUCAAUGGCGAUAUGAAACUCAACUCAUUCCAAUUCCCCGACCGCUCUAGGGUCGAGACAUUCUCCCAGAAACAGCAGCAGAUAAUCGUUAAUCAACAAACACCUGCCAUCCCCGCCAACCAGGUCACAGGAACGACUGGUCAGUCUUUCGUCGCUGUCUCGCCGCAAUCCAUGAUCAUCAGCACAAAUGGCGCUACCGAUCUAGUUGGUGGCCAGAUCGAGAUGGCCAUGACCAUGCAGAACUUGCAGGGCGCUGCGGUGCAGCCGGACAACACCUAUGUGGCUAUGCUGUCACCCGACCGUCAGUCCUGGAUGAUCCAGGAGACUAUGAGGAGUGUCAACACCACUGAUAUGACGGUCCGCAUGGUCAAGCGUACUCAGAUGGACGGUGAAUACAUGGUUGUUGGCCGCCAGACUGUUGAAACCAACACUCUGGUCACUCCUUUCGGUAGUGAUGGCAGCACCUCAGUGGCAAUUCAGGGUACCGGUCUGCAAGAGAACGAGUUCCAGGAUGGCUUCAGGAUGUCUACCCGUGCUACUCAGCCCAUGACCAUGAACGUCGAUGUCAAAGAUGGUGUUGACUCUGGUAUGCUUGCUGCUCUUCAGGGCCAGGCCCCGGUCAACGACUACCGUUACUCGGUCACAACCAACCUGGCUGCCGUCACUCCGGAUCUGAACCAGCAAGUCACCGUCAUUCAGAUGCCCCGUAAGUCAUUGUUCCUUUCAUUUGCAUCUGAGGCUAACAGAGAUAUAGUCAACCCUGUCCGUAUCCAGAAGAUGAUGCAAGCCAUGGGAGUCCCCCCUACUGGCCAGGUCGCAGUCGCAGUCGCCCAGCGCGGUGUUCUCCAGAACCCCGGAGGUGCAACAGGGAACCUCGGUGGAGCCGCUGGUGUAGCCGCUACCCAGCGCCGUGGUCUCAGCCGCGACGAGUUCAGACAGGAGGUCGCCCGCCAGAUCCAACAAGGCACACCGCAGACCGUACCGCAGGGCACACAACAGGGUACACCUACCAACGGCAACAACCCUGUCGCAGCUCAGCUUCUUCUUGCGCCUACCUUCACCCCAAUCCAGGCCAAUGCCGUUCUCGACCAGACCAACAUGCGCAUUGCCGUUCCCGUCCGCCAAGUUGAUGGAGAGUACAUCCUUACGAUGCAGAUGAUGGGCGGUGCGCAAGCCGCUCAGCCCGCCCAAGCCCCUCAAGCUGCCGCGCCUCAGCCUGCCGCUGCAGAGGGACAGACGCCCACUGCUGCUGAGCCUGCUACAUCUUCUAGUCUGACGCCUGCCGGUGAGGCCCCCGCAGCCGCUGCUAGCCCAACCGAGCUUAAGCCAACUCCUGAGGCCGAGAAGCCAACAGCCGAAGGCGCAAAGCCAGCUGCUGAAGGAGCAAAGCCGUCCACUGAGGGUGAGAAGAAGCCAUCGACCGAAGGUGAGAAGCCAGCCCUUGAAGGCUCCGCCUCAAACAGCACCUUGGCCGCCAAACCGGAGCGCCGCGCGGAGACCAAAGCCUCCAGCACUGACAAAUACGGUGAUGUCAAGGCCCCCAAGGGUAUGAUCAUUAUGACCAUGAAGGAGGUUGACAGCAUGGUUGCCGCCGUUACUUGGGGUGGCCAGGUCGCCAUUACCAAGAUGAUGAACGAGUACGUCAAGGAGCAGACUGGCAAAGGCAUGGCACCUAUGAAUGCUACUGAGACUGCGGCGGGUGGUGUCAAGAUUACCCUCUGA